AUAAUUGUCAGUAACGUCUAUAAUUAUUAAAUACAAAAUGGCAUGGCUAAAUACAUUUAAUUGAAAAGCACACACAAAACCCAGUGCUUUCAGCAUUGUUUCAUGUUGAGAACCCCAUCUUAUGUAAGAGCGCACCAAAAAGUAUUGAAGUCAAAUUUUAGAUCAACUAUGAUCAACUAACAGAAUUCAGGGGCCGAGUCAGGGGUGGGAAAUGGCCUUAAUAACAAAAACAGGGUGUUAGAAGUCCUUGGGGGCUCAAGACUGCCCUUCUCCUCCAGGCUGCACCGCACCGUUUUAAGUGAGAGCAGCGGUCUGUGCUGGACCAACCCGUGGGUCUAUCUUUAGCCCUGGCAGGCAAGUGAAUGGAAGGACCAGCUUAUCUUCAUCGCUGUCAUCGAGGCUGCCAGUAUUUUUAGGAGACGGCGACAGCUGCGAAAGCAUUUAACGGUCUUCCACGAACAAUGACACUCGGGGUGUCUCAGGACUGAGCGGGUCAGAGACCGCGAGGCUGGAGAGGAGCGAGCGCAAGCGUGUCCCGGAGCCGGCAGAGAACACUAAAACACCCCCCCCCCAAAAAAAAAUCAGCGCGGGACAGGAGGACAGGCUCGCAGGAUGGGCCGGCAGAGGGAGAGGAACUGACGGGAGAGGGACGCGCCAUUUUUUUUUUCUGGAGAGAGAGGAUUACUGCUUUGAGGAGGACAGCCCGGAGCGGACUGCCAGGCGGACGGGAGACUGAGGCCCGCGGCUGGGAGAGCAGGGCGGCGGAGCGGAGCGGAGAGGUGGCAUGCGCACAGGCGACGGUCCCUGAGGUUUGCGGAGAGCACUGCGCAGUGAAAGGAAGAGGGGAGCUCAGGGUGCUUUCGGGGGAGACCGCGCGCCCGUGACCUGCGCAACGGGAGGCUAGCAGACGAGCCAAGAUGGACGUGUUCGGCGGGGCGCCCCGCUUCCUGGCCUACCCUCGCCCGGUGAUCGUGCAGAGCGGCACGGACGCCGCCCUCAAGUGCCAGAUCGCCGGCGACCCCCGUCCCGCCGUCAUCUGGGAACGGAACAACGAGCGGAUCCACCCCGAGGGGCGCUACCGCCUGUUCGAAGACGGGAACGUCUACAACCUGAUCAUUUCGGGGGUGACCAGCGAGGACAGCGGCCAGUACAUCUGCAAGGCCAAGAACAGCAUCGGCGAGACGUACGCGGCCGCCACGCUGAAGGUGGAGGGGGAGGCGCAGGAGAAGGAGCUGCGGGAGGAGAACCGGCCGCGCUUCCUCAUCAAGCCGCUGUCCACGCGCGUGGGCCGCGGGGAGGACGCCGUCUUCUCCUGCAAGCUGUGGGGCAAGCCGCUGCCCGAGGUGGCCUGGGAGAAGGACGGCAAGCGGCUCAACGAGAUCUUCGAGAGCACGCACUUCAGCGUCAGCUACCAGGACGGGGGCUGGUUCCAGCUGAAGAUCUUCAAGACCAGAGCCCCCGACGGCGGGGUGUACACCUGCAAGGCCAAAAACGAGUUCGGGGAAGGGCUGGCGGGGGCCGUGCUCCUGGUGGACGCGGGCCCGGGGCACGAGGAGGAGGCCACGCGGAACGGCUACGCCAACGGGCACUGGAAGGCGCACCCGGGCAAGGCCAGGGGCGGGCGGCAGGUGGCCACCCGGCCGCGGGAGGAGCCGCUGCCCCUAUCCGCCAAGGUGAAGAUGUUCGCCGUGACGGAGGGCAAGCACGCCAAGUUCCGCUGCUACGUGACGGGGAAGCCCAAGCCCGAGAUCAUCUGGCGCAAAGACGGCCGGGUGAUCCUGUCGGGGAGGCGGUACCUGCUGUACGAGGACCGGGAAGGCUACUUCACCCUCAAAGUGCUGUACUGUAAGCAGCAGGACAACGGGGUCUACGUGUGUGCAGCGUCCAACACUGCCGGGCAGACUCUGAGUGCCGUCCACCUCACUGUGAAAGAGCCUCUCGUCCGCUUCAAGCAGCCGCUCAGCGACCUGGAAGUGUUUGAGCGGGAGCUGGCCAUCCUGGAAUGUGAGGUGCCCGAGGACUCCAUCCCCAUCACCUGGUACCUGGAGGACCGCAGGCUGCAUCCCGGGGCCAAGUACGGCAUGGAGGAGUGGGGCACGAAACGCCGCCUCACCAUCCGCGACAUCGGGGCCGACGACGACGGCAUCUACCUGUGCGAGAUGGCCGACGGGGGGCGGAGCAUCGCGGAGGUGGCCGUCAAAGGUACGAUAGUGCGCAAGCUCCCGCGCAAAGUGGACGUGCUGGAGGGAGAAAACGCGGCCUUCUGUGUGGAAGUAGAGGAGGAAGAGAUGGAGAUUCACUGGUACAAAGACGGUGUGGAGUUACGGGAGACCCACCAGACCAUCAUAAAGUCCUUUGGGAAGACCCACAUCCUGGUGUUUGUCAACGCCUCACCCCAAGAUUCCGGCAAGGUCACCUUCAUCGUGGGCAGGUCCAAGACUUCGUCACAGCUGAGAGUGAAAGCGGUGAGGCACAGCUCCCCCAGCUGUCCCGUGGGUGUGCAGAUUAACACUGAGCGGGCCAACGCCGCGCUCCUCUCCUGGGUCCCGGCGCCCGACUCGCGCAGGAACCCGCCCUCGGGGUACGUGCUGGAGAGGCAGGAGGUGGGCUCCCAGGAGUGGCUGCAGUGCCUGACCACCGACUCGGCCACCGCCGUGGAGAUCCUGGGGGACAGCGUGCCCUGCGAGGCCGACUACCGCUUCCGCAUCUGCAGCGUCAACAAGUACGGCAGGAGCAGCCACGUGGAGUUCCCCCGGGCUGCCCACCUGGUCCCGGUAGCUAAAAUUCAGACGCCGCUGCAGGACGCGCUGGUGCCCGAGGGCCAGGACGCCAGCUUCACCAUCGAGCUGUCGGCCUCGGUCAUGGGGACCUGGUUUCUGAACGGCAGCCAGCUGCAGGAGGACGAGCGAUUCGCCGUGCGGCGCUCCCGCACGCACCACUCCCUGCGCGUCCGCGGGGUGCGGGACGCCGACAACGGCGCCGAGAUCACCUUCAUCGCCUGCGGAGUCCGAGAUUCGGCAGCGCUGUACAUCCAGGCUCCUUUGGUGAAGUUCACACCUCUUUCCGAGAUGGACCGAAAUAAAUUUGUUGAAGUAGGCAACCCGAUUGUCCUGUAUUGUGAGCUGUCAGACCCCACGGCUCCAGUCCACUGGUACAAAAAUGGAGUGGAACUACACACAGUGGAAGGUCUUAACAUCCAAUCAGAGGGCAAUAUGAGGAGGAUCGUGAUCCAAUCAGCCGAGUUUUCCCAUUCUGGGGUGUACAGCUGUGAUGCCAUUGAUGAUGUCAUUAGAUUUAACGUGGAAGUUGAAGCACCACCUGUGAGGUUCUCGGCCCUCCCAGAAGUAGCGAAGAGCAAGUCCUUUGAACCGGGAAGCCCCAUUUUACUACACUGUGAGAUCUCAGACCCCACUGCCCAGGUCAGCUGGUACAAGGAUGGGGUACAGCUCCACCCACAAUCUGGAGUAGAGAUCCAAUCAGAGGGCACCACGAGGACACUGGCUGUCCCGUCUGCUGACAUUCUCCACUCUGGGGUGUACAGCUGCAAGACAAAGGGCGAUGCCAUCAAGUUCAAUGUGGAUAUCAAAGCCCAACCUGUGAAGUUCUCAGCAACGCCUGAAGUUGAGAGGAACAAAUCCAUUGACGCAGGCUGUCCCAUUGUACUGCACUGCGAGAUCUCACCCCCCAAUGCCCAGGUCACCUGGUACAAGGAUGGGGCACAGCUCCACCCACAAUCUGGAGUAGAGAUCCAAUCAAAAGCCACCAUAAGGCGCCUGGUUGUGCAAUCGGCACAGCUGUGUCACUCUGGGGUGUACAGAUGUGAGGCGGCCGAUGACGCGGUCCAGUUCACCGUGGAUAUCAAAGCCCCUCCAGUGAAGUUCUGCAGCAUUCCCGAAGACGAGAGGUGCAAGUCCGUCGAAGCAGGCCACCCCGUCGUCCUAAACUGCCAGCUCUCGGACCCCAGUGCCCAGGUCAGCUGGUACAAGGACGGCGCGGAGCUCUUCCCGAAAGCGGGCACGGACCUCCGAUCAGCGGGCAUAAGAAGGACGCUGGUGGUGGAGUCGGCGCAGCUCUCUGACUCCGGAGUUUACUGCUGCUCCACGGCGGACGACGCCGUCCAGUUUAACGUAAAGGUCAAAGCUCCACCAGUGAGGUUCUUGAACCUUCCUGAGGACGAGAGGAACAUGUCUGUGGAAGCAGGCCGCCCCAUUGUACUACACUGUGAGAUCUCAGAGCCCACUGGCCAGGUCAGCUGGUACAAGGAUGAGGAGCAGCUCCUCCCCAAAACUGGAGUAGAUAUCCAAUCAGAGGGCAAAGCAAGGACCCUGACCAUCCAAUCAGCGGAGUUAUCUCACGCUGGGGUCUACAGCUGUAAGACAGCAAGUGAAGCCAUCCAGUUUCAUGUGGAAGUCAAAGCAGAGCAGUUCCACUCUAGGCCGUUCAGUUGUGAGAUAUCUGAUGACACUGUCCAGACCAGCACGGAUGUCAAAGCUGCAUCAGUGGACGUGUCAGCAGAACCUGAAGCAAAGAAGAUCAAAUACACAGAAGAAGCCCCUCCCCCUGCUCCCCUCUGUGAGGUCAUAAAGCCCACAGCCAAGGAUGAAAUCAAGCCCCUCCAACAAACUGGGCGAUGCAUCCAGUCAGAGGGCACCAUGGAGAGAGUGACUGACCAAUCAGCACAGCCCCCUCACUUGACUCAGUUGAUAAAGAUCAGCAGUGAAACUGGGCGAUACGUCCAAUCAGAGGACACCAUGGAGAGAGACACUGACCAAUCAGCCCAGCUCCCUUAUUUGACUCAGUUGAUAAAGAACAGCAGUGAGACUGGGCAAUACGUCCAAUCAGAAGACACCAUGGAGAAAGAGACUGACCAAUCAGCACAGCUCCCUGCCUUGACUCAUUUGAAAACGAACUACAGUCAAACUGGGCGAUACAUCCAAUCACAAGGCACCAUGGUGAGAGAGACUGACCAAUCAGCACAGCUUCCUCACUUGACUCAUUUGAGAAGGAACUACAGUCAAACUGGGCAACACAUCCAAUCAGAAAGCACCAUGGAGAGAGUGACUGACCAAUCAGCACAGCCCCUUCCCUUGACUCAUUUGAUAAAGAACAGCAGUGAAACUGGGCGAUACGUCCAAUCAGAGGACACCAUGGAGAGAGACACUGACCAAUCAGCACAGCUCCCUUAUUUGACUCAGUUGAUAAAGAACAGCAAUGAAACUGGGCAAUACGUCCAGUCAGAAGACACCAUGGAGAGAGAGACUACCCAAUCAACACAGCCCCCUCACUUGACUCAUUUGAGAUUGAACAACAGUCAAAGUGAUCGAUACAUUCAAAAAGAAGACACCGUGGAGAGAGAGACUGUCCAAUCAACACAGCCCCCUCACUUGACUCAUUUGAGAUCAAACAACAGUCAAAGUGAUCGAUACAUCCAAUCAGAGGACACCGUGGAGAGAGAGACUGACCAGUCAGCACAGCCCCUCCACUUGACUCAGCUGAGAAAGAACAACAACGACCCGGAACAACACAUCCAAUCAGAGGGCACCGUGGAGAGAGUGACUGACCAAUCAGCACAGCCCCCUCACUUGACUCAUUUGAGAAUGAACUACAGUCAAACUGGUCGAUACAUCCAAUCAGAGGACACCGUGGAGAGAGAGACUGACCAAUCAGCACGGCUGCCUCACUUGACUCAGUUGAAAAAGAACAGCAGUGACGCAGAAGAAGAUGCCACAGCAUUUAAGGUGGAUGUUGAAGCACAUCCUGAAGAUGAGAAGAGCAAUUUCGUUGAUACAGACUGGCCCACUGUGCAACAGUGUGAAAUAUCUGAUCCCACAUCUGAAAGCAAGUGGUCCAAGGAUGGUCAAAACCUUCUUCCACAGAAUGGAACAGACAUCCAAUCAGAGGGCACCACAAGGGGACUCACUGUCCAAUCAGCAAAGCUGUCUCACUCAAGGUUGAAUAGUUGUGAGACAAUGGAAGAUGCAAGGCAGUUUCAUGUGGAUGUCAAAGCUCCACCAGUGAGAUUGUCAGCACUUCCUGAAGUUGAGGAGGAGAGCAGGCCAGCAGUUGAAGCAGACCGCCCCAUUGUACAGCACUGUGAGAUCUCUGAGCUCCCUGCCCAGGUCACUGCCCAGGUCAGCCGCUGCCAGGAAGGGCUACAGCUCCGCCCACAGGCUAGUGCAGACAUCCAAUCAGAUGGCAUCUCGAGGACAAUAGAUGUCCGCUCGGCAGAGCUCUCGCCCUCUGGAGUUUACAGUCGUGAGGCAAAGGAUGAUGGCGUCCAGUUUAAUUUGGGCUUUGAAGCUCCACCAGCACAUUUCAAAGAACUUGCUGAAGAUGACAGGAGCAGGUCGGUUGAAGCAGGCUGUCCCAUUGUGCUUCAGUGUGAGAUCUCAGACUCCAACGCCCAGGUCAGCUGGGCCAAGGAUGGGGUACAGCUCCACCCACAAUCUGGAGUGGACAUCCAAUCAGAAGGCCAAAUGAGGAAACUGGUUAUCCAAUCAGCAGAGCGUUCACACUCUGGUGUAUACAGCUGUGGCUUUGCUGAAGAAGUCGUUAUAUUCAAGGUGGAUGUUCAAGAUUUGCCAGUGAAGUUUUCAGAAAUCCCAGAAGUAGCGAAGAGCAGGUCGGUUGAAGCAGGCUGUCCCAUUGUGCUACACUGCGAGAUCUCAGACCCCACUGCCCAGGUCACCUGGUACAAGGAUGGGGUACUGAUCCACCCACAAUCUGGAGUAGAGAUCCAAUCAGAGGACAAAACGAGGACACUGACCAUCCAAUCAGCUGAGCUCUGUCACGCUGGCACAUACCGUUGUGAAACGGCUGAUGACACCAUGUCAUUCAAGGUGGACGUUAAAGCUCCACCAGUGAAGUUCUCAGCCAUUCAAGAGGUACAGAAGAGCAAGUCCAUUGAAGAAGGCCGUCCUGUUGUGCUACACUGUGAAAUCUCAGACUCCACUGCCCAGGUCAGCUGGUUCAAGGAUGGGUUACAGCUCCUCCCACAAUCUGGGGUAGUGGUCCAAUCAGAAGGCACCAAGAGGAUGCUGAUUUUGCCGUCGUCUGGGUUUUCCAGCUCUGGAGUGUACAGCUGUAAAACAGCUGACGAUGUCAUCGAGUUUUAUGUGGAUAUUAAAGCCCCGCCCGUAACCUUCCUCGAUGAGCCCGAGGAGAACCUCCACAAAAGCAUUGUGGAGCUGGACCCUCUAGUGCUCAGCUGCCAGGUGUCCCGGCCCAACGCCAGCGUGGUGUGGUACAAGGACGGGGCGGAGGUGCAGCCAAGCAGUAACGUCACCAUCCAGGCCGAUGGCACCAUGAGGAGGCUCAUCCUCCGGUCCGCUCAGCUGUCGGACGCCGGGAUAUACACCUGUCGAGCGGGAGACAACGCCCUGAUAUUCAAGGUCAACAUUCGCGAGCCUCCGGUGAUGAUCAUCUAUCCCAAGGAGGACGUCCACCUGGACCGCCACGUUUCUGAAGAGGUGGUCCUCAGCUGCGAGCUGUCGCGCUCAAACGGCACGGUGCACUGGUACAAGGACGGACAGAAGCUUCAAGAGAGCCAGAGUAUCAAACUGAAGUCGGAGGGUCCAUACAGAAGACUUAAGAUUCUCAACUGUGGGAUAGAAGAUUCCGGAGAGUAUGUCUGUGACACAGCUGACGAUUCAAUAUUCUUCCAGCUCAACAUAACGGAACCUCCUGUGAGCAUCGUGUCGCCGAGCCAGUCCCAGAUGGAGCUGUGCCAGCAAACCUCGGAGCGGGUGGUGUUGAGCUGCGAGAUCUCGCGGCCCAACGCCACAGUGCGCUGGUACCGGGACGGGCUCGAGGUGGAAGAGAGCAACACCCUGAUCCUGGAAGUGGACGGGGUCUACAGGAGACUGAUCAUCCCAGAGACCACCGUCCAAGACUCUGCCGAAUAUGUCUGUGACACCGGCGACGACUCUGUGACUUUCUUUGUCAACAUCGCAGAGCCCCCAGUGAGGUUUGUGCGCCCCAGAAAGAUGCCUAGCGCUGUGGAGAUCCUGGUGGGGAAUCCUCUGGUGCUUGAAUGCGAGGUGUCCCGCCCCUCCGCCGAGGUGAGCUGGAAGAAGGACGGGGAAGAGAUGGAGGACAGCCGCAACGUCACCAUCGUCGAGGACGGAAUCUUCCGCCAGCUGACCGUACACGUGUCCAAAUUCGAACACUCUGGGCAGUACGUCUGUGAUGCCAAAGAUGAUGUAAUGGACUUUCAUGUCAAAGUCACCGAGCCGCCAGUGAAAAUCCUGAAGAAAUGUGAGCUGAAGACCGAGCAGCUGCACUUGGAAUCGGACGAUAUCGUUCUGGAGUGUGAGCUCUCCCGGGCGAACGGCGCGGUCCGGUGGUCCAAAGACGGCCAGAGCGUGGAGGAAAACGAGCACUUCUGCAUCGAAGAAGAAGGAGCCUUCCGCUCGCUGGUCAUCCUCAACGCCGAGCUCUCGGACGCCGGCGAGUACGCCUGCCACUCCACGGACGACAGCGUCGUCUUUAACGUCCGAGUGAAAGAGCGUCCGGUGGCCAUCGUAGGAAACUCCGAGAGUCCGGAGAAGCACAGUUUGCUGGGGGGGGACGAUCUGAUUUUGGCCUGUGAGGUGUCGCGCUCAAACGCACCGGUGGAGUGGUACUGCAACGGGCGGCUGCUCAGCCCCGACGCUCGAACCCACAUCGACAGCUACGGGACGGUGAGGAAGCUCGUCCUCACGGGCCUCCGGCCCUCGGACUCCGGGGAGUACACGUGCGACGCUGUGGACGACAAGAUGACCACCUUGGUAAAGGUCCAAGAGGCUCCCACCAAGUUCCUGAACAAAGAGAAGGCCAACCUGGUGACUGGGUAUGAAAGCGAGAGCGUGACGCUGUCCGCCACCACCUCUCGCGACUCGGCCACGGUCCGGUGGCUGAAGGACUGGACGCAGGUCUCAGGAGAGAGGUUCCAUGUCAGGCAGGAGGGGAACAGGCACUUCCUCACCAUCGACCCCCUGCACCGCUCGGACAGCGGGGGAUACACCUGCGACACCACCGGCGAUGAGGUGCACUUCAGCCUGCUGGUCAAAGAAAUGCGUGUGAAGUUCGUGCAGGCGCUGGAGGACGCGGUGGCUCACGCGGACGGCAUGGUGACCCUGCGCUGCCAGCUGUGCCGGGCCAAAGGGGACGUGCUGUGGCUGAAGGACGGCGCGGAAAUCGCGCCCAGCCGCCGCCUGGCCAUCCGAGCCGACGGGCCCGAGCGCAGCCUCACCAUCCACCGCCUGACUCCGCAGGACGCCGGCCAGUACGCCUGCGAGUCCAAGGACGACCGCACCAGCGCCACGCUCCGCGUGGAGACGCCUCGGGUUGUGGAGUUCAUCGCAGAACUGAACAGCACCACGGUAAUGGAAGGGGAAGACGCCACCUUCAAGUGCGUCGUCUCUCCUGAAGAUGUGCAGCUGAUCUGGCAAAUGGACGGCGAGCGCAUCUAUCCCAGCGAGAAGUUCAGGAUGUCCAGCAACGGGCUCUGUCACGUGCUGCUCAUCCGUAGCUGCCAGGUUACCGACAGCUCCAAGAUCACCGCCGAGGCAGAAGGAGUGCUGUCAAGAGCCAAGCUUCAGGUGCAAGAGGCGCAGGUGCUGUUCACUAAGAAGAUGGCGGCUGUGGAGGCGGAGGAGUUUGGGGAGGCCACUCUGGAGGUGGAAGUGACCCCCGAAUCCGGGGAGGUGCACUGGAUAAGGCAGAACGUGGUCAUCCAGCCAGGGCCCAAGUUCAGCCUGAAGCAGAACGGCCCCAAACGCAGUCUGACCGUCCACAACCUCAGCCUCUCUGACCGGGGAAUGUACCGCUGUGAGACCCUGCACGACCGCACACAGGGGAAGAUCAGCGUGGAGCCGCGGAAGAUCAUCGUACGCAGGGGGCUGACCCCGAUCGACACCUUCGAGCGCGAGACGGCCACCUUCGAGGUGGAGCUGUCGCACGACAACGUGGAGGGGGUGUGGCAGAAGGACGGGGUGCGCCUGAAGCCCAGCAGCCGCUGGCGCCCGAGCGCCAAGGGCCGCCUGCACAGCCUCACGCUCUCCGGCCUCACCCUGGAGGACUCCGGAACCGUCGCCUUCACCGCCGAGACCGCCAGGACCUCCGCCAGGCUCACCGUCAGAGAGCCUCCUGUGAGCAUCCUGAAGAAACUGGAGGACCAAUGCUCCCCAGAAGGCUCUGCAGUAUCUCUGGAGUGUGAGCUGUCAAGACAGAAUGUGGAUGUGAAGUGGCUAAAGAAUGGCAGCGAGGUGAAAGGGAGCAAGACCCAGCGCAUCUACUCCAUGGGCCGAAAGCGCUUCUUCCAGCUAAUGAAGUGCGAACUCAGCGACUCGGGGGUCUACAUGUGCGAUGCUGGGGACAUCAGCACAAGCUGCUCUCUGGAGGUCUACGAGCAAGAGGUGGAGAUUGUGCAGGGCCUGGAGGACCUGGACAUCCAGGAGGACCAGAAUGCCGUGUUCAUGUGCGAGGUGUCCCUGCCGGACAUCCCGGGGGAGUGGUUCCGCAACGGGGAGAAGAUCCGGCCCACCAGCACCGUCAAAAUCCGGCAGGAGGGCACCAAGCACUUUCUCCUCAUCUGUAACGUGAGGGUGGAAGAUGCCGGAGAGAUCAAAUUUGUGGCCAAACAAGUGGAGUCCACGGCGUCCCUGGAGGUGGAAGAGAUGCCCGUGUCCAUCGUGAAGCCGCUGCGGGACAAGACGGCGCUGGAGGGGCACCGGGUGGUCCUGGAGUGCGCCGUGUCCAAUCCGCGCUGCAGCAUCCGCUGGUACCAGGGCAGCAAGGUCAUCCUGCCGUCCGAGCGCUUCGAGAUCUGCAGCGAGGGCUGCCACCGCAAGCUGCUCAUCCAGCAGGUGGCGCUGGAGGACGAGGGCACCUACAGCGUGCAGGCCGGCGAGCACACCACGUCCGCCAGGCUGACAGUGGAAGCCCAGCUGCUCCAGAUGGUGCGGGAGCUGACCGACGUGACCGUCGCGGCCCCGGACGAGGCGCGGUUCGAGUGCGAGGUGUCCAUCCCGGUCAGCAAGGGCCCCGUGUGGAGCCUGAAGGAGCAGACCCUGCACCCGGGGCCCACGGUUCGACUGGAGGCCCGAGACACCGUGCACCGGCUGACCCUGAAGAACACGUCUGCGGACAUGAGCGGCGUCGUCCGGUUCAGCUGCGCCAAAGCCAAGAGCAGCGCUAGGCUCACCGUCACAGAUAACUAGACCUUUGGGACAAAACACCAGGAACCAUCCGGAAACGUGCACAUUACCUGGGGAAAUGCUGAUUGUGACAUAAGUCUGCUUAUUGUUUAUGGUAAAAAGGGAAAAUGAUGAUUUAGCCUGUUAAAAAAGUGCUUUGAAUUGGGGCAGAACCAGUGAAAAUGUUACGGCUUGAACACCCAAUUACAUUGUUUUUAAAGGUGAGGAAAAGUUAAGAAAUUACAGUCCGGGGAAAAAUUGCAUUUGGCAAACUGGAAAUGAGAAAGAUCGAUGUCCUAAGGCAUAUAAAACACACACUCUGCAACAAAAUGGCCAUGUGCAGGACCACAUCCAAUCUGAAUAAAAGUGAACCAGCAGAAGUCUCCUGAUUCACUCUAAAUUUGGUGGGGAAACAGGACAGAACGAAUGAAAUAGGAAAAAUUGUUACAGGGAUCCAGGUUGUCGCAUAUUACAGGUGUGGAGUGGGACACUAGCGCCAUGGAUCUUUAGGCAAAACAUGAUAAUGGUGCCAUAUAGGGGCCUUAAACCAAAAAUAUACUGAAGCUGUGAUGGUUCGAAUCCUGAAUAGAAUUCUUUGUGUGAAAUACGUAUUGUUUUUUUUUUUGUUUUUUUUAAGUCUGAGAAUGAUUUUGUGAAGCUCAGAAUUCAUGCCCUUGGACCACUGAAGUUCACCUUUCGUAUAAAAAAACUCUACAGGCUUUGUGCAAGAACGCACACACUGAAGAGCAAAUCACCAUUUUGAAUUGAUGUAGUCAGUUGGAGUUGGAGGAAAAGCCUUUGCUGUCCCAUUUCAUUUAUGGUUGAAUGUACAUUGUUCCUUAUUUAUCCUUGUAUAGACUUCAUUUUUUAACAUUUGGAUUUCUACUUUGGGAUGCAGACAUGGAAGGGUACAGAUUUUAAAGGGUUAUAUUGAGACUGAAGCAUGUACAGUAUGAAGUGCACAGGGCCAAAAUGGUUUAAUAUUUACACAUUAAAUGGGGGAUCUUGGGAGAGUGAAUUGACACUACUUACUAUAAAAUUAUCUCAUUUCUUUAAUUACUGUUGAGUAAAUCCUUCUCAAUGGAAACGUGCGAUCGCUGUUAAAUUAACUAUGAGCUGCCUCGUAUUGUACUAAAGAAAGAAGAUUUUCAUAAAAUUCUGUAUUCCGUAUUUAUUUUCCUUUGACAGGGUUUAAUGGCUUUCUGUUGUCGCCCUUAAUGCUCUAAUCUUUCUGGAUUUACUGGGUGGCGUCAGCUUCUCUUGCUAUUUUAGAAGUACCUGUAUUAGCUUCCAAUAAAACAGGAUUGAUAAGGA